AAAAAUCAGCUUCGUGUAGGUGGGCGGAGCUAGACUUUUCUGCGCCAAGUGAAAAGAAUGGCGACUUCCUGUACACUAUAGCUACACUCGUGUAGCCAGUGUAGGUAAAAAGAAAAAAAAACGAUAGCUGGUUCGACGCACUGGCCCAGCCAACGUAACCGGACGCUGCCAACGCACUCCGACGCGCCCGGCGUCGAGGGACGCUGGCUCGAGCGUCGAUAACGUCGGACUAUAAAAGCGCCUUGAAACUAAACGCCAGCUGGGGCAGAAAACAGACACCCGCGCUAUCAUUACCGAGGUGACGCUGCGCUGGUGACUACGAGACCAACCGCGUUGACGUACUACAUCCACUUAUACGCACAUCGCCGAAGUUUCAACGUCCAUGGAGACGUCGGGGAACGUUCUCUGCAAUUGCUGUGUCCAAUUCUCUUCGCUUCGCUGGAAAGCAAGAUGCGCCAACCGAGCCAUCAAAAGGCUCGCACUACUGACAGCGGCCCUGUCUCUUGCGCCGGCAGCGUACUUCCUUCUUCAUUUGCUCAGGGGCAAAGCCAACAAGUCGCAGUACACGUGCCAAAACCGAAACCACGGAAACAUCACAGCCACCAUCCGAGCGUUCGACGCUCGGCUCGCCGGAAAGCUCCGCGAAAAUGACUCUGGCCAGGAGACGGUGUACGAGGACGACGACGCGUGGGUCCGAGUUUUUCCGCGCACGUACGUCUACUCGGCGUACAUGGACGACACGGAGCCACACAACUGCCAGGUGCGACUCGUCGGCGUGGUGCCGAGAGACGCCGCCCAGCACACGGUGGCAGUACAGUGUUGGCUGAGCGUCGGGUCGGCCGUUUUCGUGUCCGAGGCGAGCCUGAAGGUCCUGCCCGAACACCACGAUCUUCCGCACGCGGCGGCGUUCUUUCUGUGCCCAGUGAAAUUCCCUUCCGAAGUGAGGAACCAGCCGAACAUGAGGGUCGCCCUCGGCACCAACUGGAACAUGACAACGCCCCAGUGGUUCAAAGUGCACAACCGCCGCCAGCGUGCCAUCCGGUUCUGCUCCGUCUGCGUUCGUCCGAUAGUGGGUCUUUACAGCGCGCUUGCUUCGAUCACCGAGUUUGUAGCCUAUUACGUGUCUAUGGGCGUCGCGCAUUUUAACAUCUACCUGUGCAAGGUGCCGCGGGAAGUGGAAGUCCUGUUGUCGCACCUGCGAGACCGCGGCAAGGUAGACAUCCGACUUCACCGGUGGAACCUGCCGUUGGACAACUAUUCCGUAUUGGAGUACGGUCAAAUGGCGGCUCUCCAGGACUGUCUUUACCGCUCCAGACUGACGUCGGAGUACGUCCUUAACGUUGACUUCGACGAGUUUCUGGUCUCCAAGACGAGGAACAGACUGACCGACGCGCUACUGGAAAUCGAGACCUCGGUCGGCAAGAGCUCCUUGGGUAGUGUUUUGGUUAAGAACCAGUUUUUCUGCUACGAGUAUCCAUACAACGCCGCUUACCUCCGCCGGAAGCCGCCAAUGCUCACUCGUAUCCUGUUCUUCCGCGAAGCCAACGUCUGGAAGCAUCGCGAGCGCUCAAAGUACGCCGCCAGAGCGACAGCAGUGGUCGCAGGCGGAGUGCACUUUGUCUGGGAGCACGCGAAAGGUGCGAGAGAAGUUGCCAUCUCCGAGUCCGUCAUGGUCAUGCACCACUACAGGUCCUGCUGCGGCGUCGAGAAGAGCAACUUCUGGGGCACAUCGUACCGGGAGUUUUUGGGCGACGAGGACGCGGUCGUUGACAAGUCGCUACACGCGGUUUCUGCGAGGGUUGGUAAUUCGGACGUGAUCGCGUCCGUCAAGGAACUGAUGGAGGAAUCGACAACCGAGCCGCCCCUCUACACCGACUGACGCGCAGGAAUUCCUACGCUCGAUUUCAAACAACCGCACGCACGCGUUGACCGCGCACGUCAAUCGCCUUUGACUCGAUCGGCCGGUGCGUAUACGCACCAAGUGGAACUGUGUGCGUGGUGGUUAUACAGUGGGUGUUUAUUAUAGCACGGUGCGGGCACGGCGAGUCUAUAUGUAACGCCCUUGCGACAUGCAAGCAUAUGCCAUUCUCUUGCACGCACCAUCGGGGCUUCGCAUCAAUCUGUAGUACAACUUCUGUAACCUCUCGGAGAACACUUCGCCCAACAUUAUAUUGCGCUGUGUGAAACCGGACGCUGCGACGCCGGGCGUGACGCAACGUCUAAACUAUCCCGCAAAGGUGUUCCUUGCGAGCCUCGCUAAUCCCGGAAUAGGUGUUCUCGUUUUACUGCACAGUAUAAACGCGCGUGCUCGAUGCUUUCGCUGUACUUCAUUUCAUAAUCGCAAUAAACCGUAAAUUAUGACCGCGACAUCUAGGCUUCACGCACAUAAACGCGACGAAUAAAAUACUGAAAUUUGUCGGCCAGGCUCAUGUGGACGCAAACAAAUCCUAGUCAAUAAUAUACCCGUACCACCACAUGUCGUCCUUCGGUGCACUUAUUCCUUCCCCUUUCACUCUCCGAUCGUAAAAUAGGAAGCACAGCUGUGAUCAUUCUAUCAAAUUAUCAAGCUUGUGUGCCUAUAGGAGGCCAGGGCCGGUAUUUUGUAGCGAUGCCUUUUUCGAUUCUAUGCUUUUUCAGACUUUUCGCGCUUGGCCACUGGUCAGAGCGACGGUCUGCCCACAUUAUCAAAGCGAUCAGGCGGCCGCGUGUGGUGGAUGAUAAGAAUAGCAUAGAAUAACGCAUAAGGCAUCGCUACAAAAUAGCGGCCCAGACGGCUAUAGUCUCUACAGCUAUAGCGGCAACAUUCCGGGAUCGUCGCCGCACACCUCUAGCCACGGCGUGACUAAGUCGACUGUGUGUGAACAACAAUACGUGCGUCCUCGACUCUCCGCCGUUGCCGCCGAGUUUGACGAAGUCGCCAUUGUAACUAAACGGGCUCGGCGGACCAACUAUUGUUACUGAGCCGCGAGAACUUCUACUGACACCCCUUCCCACGCGCCAACCAAGACGCCAGACAAUGGGCGGCCGGCGGGCGCGCUGCAGUUCGGGGAACAAAUGUCCCUACGGUGCCUCGUUCUCCCCUACGGUGCUUAGACGGCCGUUUCCGUCACCUGGGUAUCGGGAGAGGACCGAGUGUUUAAAAACCGCUGUUGUGCGGCUGCUCAGGACACACUCUCUCAAGCAGUCAUGUUAGAC